CAACAUGAACCCAAAGCUUGUCUUUCCCGUGCUAGCAGCGUUUUUGGCCGUUGGGGCGGCCAACUUGGUGGAAGCUUCGAUACACGCAGACAUCAAUGAUCCAAGAGUACAAGAGGCCCUGCAGUUCGCUGUGGUCGAGCACAACAAGGGAACCAAAAGCUUGUUCCUCAGUCAAGUGGCCAAAGUGAUUAAGGCUCAACGACAGGUGAUUGCUGGCAUUUUUUACCUUUUCACGGUUCAAAUGGCGAUGACCUCGUGCAGAAAAGACGGUACUGACCAGCUAUGCACCGUCUACCAAGACCCUGAAAAGGCUCAGCCUUACCAGUGCACAUUUGAGGUGCUGACUAGACCAUGGUUAAUUCAUGAAAUUCUGAUAGGAGACAUAUGCUCGUAACGAGAGAACAACAAGGACCAUACGGCAGUAGAAAGAACUACACAGCAUCCUCUCGUCUGUUCGACCGGAAGUGUCACUAACAUUUUAACCUUAUGUCUCGUAAUUUUUAACAACUGCAAAUGUCCUAUGUAGCUUUGCUUUGCGCAGACGCAUUAACUAUGCAAGACAAUGCAGAAAUUAAACCUAAUAAUAAAAAGAUUACUCAUGCAUCCCAUCUUGUCUUAAUUAAUUUUGCAUUUUCAAUCGAGUUCUCGUUGAUCCUUAAACC